AAUAAACAUAAGAAAGAGGCAGCCUUUUGAAUUCCCAGGAACAAUUUUCCAAAAUCAAUUUAAUCCUUCGGAAUGGGCAGUAAAUUGAGUCCGCUGUAAAGAAACGGAGAGUUGAGAUAGAUCCGAAGAUGGAGGUGAUGCAAGAAGUGAUCGAAAUCAACGAUUCCAGCCCUUCUCCCGUUCAAAACACCUCUCCACUGAAACCUAUAUUUUGCCUGAAAAAUAGAGAAGAUAUCAAUAAAUUUGAGGAGAAAGAAGAUUGCUUUAUCCUCGAAUUCGAUCCCUACAGUAAUUCAGAUGUGUUAAAGUUGCCUACCACUGUGAAUGGUGAUAAUGUUGACGCCGACUUGAGCGUAGUAUAUGAGAAGGGGCAGGUUGCCUGCAGAGACUAUCCACAUCCUAGGAACACUUGUGCAAGUUUUCCCUUUGAUAAGACGCCCCACGACAAGCACUGCGAAAUGUGCUACUGUUAUAUUUGUGAUAUAUCUGCUCCGUGUCUGAAGUGGACCGGGACAGUCGGCCAUUGCCAUGCUUUUAGCAAUGAAGCUUGGGACGAGGAGAGGAGGGUAACGAGGCAACUAACCAAGACUGUAUAGCAUAGAAUUGGUAGUGUGAAUAACUGAAUAUGAUGAAGCUGCUUGAAGAGGGCUGAUGUUUUUUUUGUUUAAUGCUGAACCUGUUUCUAAUGAAAUGGGAGUCAUUCGAAGGCGAUUUUGUUACUUAAACGAUCGUUUGAUUUUUUUUCCCUAAGAAGCUUCAAUUGAAUCAU